AAAACGAAAGCACUCCGUGCUGGAAGUAGGAGGAGAGUCGGGACUCCCAGGACAGGGAGUGCACAAACUAUCCAGCACAGCCCCCUCUGCCCCCUCUGGAGGCUGAAGAGGGAUUCCAGCCCCUGCCACCCACAGACACGGGCUGACUGGGGUGUCUGCCCCCCUUGGGGGGGCAGCACAGGGCCUCAGGCCUGGGUGCCGCCUGGCACCUAGAAGAUGCCUGUGCCCUGGUUCUUGCUGUCCUUGGCACUGGGCCGAAGCCCAGUGGUCCUUUCUCUGGAGAGGCUUGUGGGGCCUCAGGACGCUACCCACUGCUCUCCGGGCCUCUCCUGCCACCUCUGGGGCAGUGACAUACUCUGCCUGCCUGGGGACAUCAUGCCUGCUCCGGGCCCCGUGCUGGCACCUACGCACCUGCAGACAGAGCUGGUGCUGAGGUGCCCCAAGGAGACCGACUGUGACCUCUGUGUGCGUGUGGCUGUCCACUUGGCCGUGCAUGGGCACUGGGAAGAGCCUGAAGAUGAGGAAAAGUUUGGAGGAGCAGCUGACCCAGGGGAGGAAGAGCCUAGGAAUGCCUCUCUCCAGGCCCAAGUCGUGCUCUCCUUCCAGGCCUACCCUACUGCCCGCUGCGUCCUGCUGGAGGUGCAAGUGCCUGCUGCCCUUGUGCAGUUUGGUCAGUCUGUGGGCUCUGUGGUAUAUGACUGCUUCGAGGCUGCCCUAGGGAGUGAGGUACGAAUCUGGUCCUAUACUCAGCCCAGGUACGAGAAGGAACUCAACCUCACACAGCAGCUGCCUGACUGCAGGGGGCUCGAAGUCCGGAACAGCAUCCCGAGCUGCUGGGCCCUGCCCUGGCUCAAUGUGUCAGCAGAUGGUGACAACGUGCAUCUGGUUCUGAAUGUCUCUGAAGAGCAGCACUUCGGCCUCUCCCUGUACUGGAAUCAGGUCCAGGGCCCCCCAAAACCCCGGUGGCACAAAAACCUGACUGGACCGCAGAUCAUUACCUUGAACCACACAGACCUGGUUCCCUGCCUCUGUAUUCAGGUGUGGCCUCUGGAACCUGACUCUGUUAGGACGAACAUCUGCCCCUUCAGGGAGGACCCCCGCGCACACCGGAACCUCUGGCGAGCCGCCCGACUGCGACUGCUGACCCUGCAGAGCUGGCUGCUGGACGCACCGUGCUCGCUGCCCGCAGAAGCGGCACUGUGCUGGCGGGCUCUGGGUGGGGACCCCUGCCAGCCACUGGUCCCACCGCUUUCCUGGGAGAAUGUCACUGUGGACAAGGUUCUCGAGUUUCCAUUGCUGAAAGGCCACCCUAACCUCUGUGUUCAGGUGAACAGCUGGAAGAAGCUGCAGCUGCAGGAGUGCUUGUGGGCUGACUCCCUGGGGCCUCUCAAAGACGAUGUGCUACUGUUGGAGACACGAGACCCCCAGGACAACAGAUCCCUCUGUGCCUUGGAACCCAGUGGCUGUACUUCACUACCCAGCAAAGCCUCCACGAGGGCAGCUCGCCUUGGAGAGUACUUACUACAAGACCUGCAGUCAGGCCAGUGUCUGCAGCUAUGGGAUGAUGACUUGGGAGCGCUAUGGGCCUGCCCCAUGGACAAAUACAUCCACAAGCGCUGGGCCCUCGUGUGGCUGGCCUGCCUACUCUUUGCCGCUGCGCUUUCCCUCAUCCUCCUUCUCAAAAAGGAUCACGCGAAAGGGUGGCUGAGGCUCUUGAAACAGGACGUCCGCUCGUGGGGGGGGGCGGUGACGGCCGCCGGGGGCCGCGCGGCUCUGCUCCUCUACUCAGCCGAUGACUCGGGCUUCGAGCGCCUGGUGGGCGCCCUGGCGUCGGCGCUGUGCCAGCUGCCGCUGCGCGUGGCCGUAGACCUGUGGAGCCGUCGUGAACUGAGUGCGCAGGGGCCCGUGGCUUGGUUCCACGCGCAGCGGCGCCAGACCCUGCAGGAGGGCGGCGUGGUGGUCUUGCUCUUCUCGCCCGGUGCGGUGGCGCUGUGCAGCGAGUGGCUACAGGACGGGGUGUCCGAGCCCGGGGCGCACGGCCCGCACGACGCCUUCCGCGCCUCGCUCAGCUGCGUGCUGCCCGACUUCUUGCAGGGCUGGGCGCCCGGCCGCUACGUGGGGGCCUGCUUCGACAGGCUGCUCCACCCGGACGCCGUACCCGCCCUUUUCCGCACCGUGCCCGUCUUCACACUGCCCUCCCAACUGCCGGACUUCCUGGCGGCCCUGCAGCAGCCCCGCGCCCCGCGUUCCGCGCGGCUCCAAGAGAGAGCGGAGCAAGUGUCCCGGGCCCUUCAGCCAGCCCUGGAUAGCUACUUCCAUUCCCCGGGGACUCCCGCGCCGGGACGCGGGGUGGGAGCUGGGGCUGGGGACGGGACUUAAAUAAAAGCAGACGCUGUUUUUCUACC